UGCCUGUGGUCACAGCCCGGCGCGCUCGCCUCCCAUCCGGCUCCGACUCGCGCUCUCCCCGCUGCCGCCGACCAUAGAGUCGCGCUGCAAACAGAAGAUAGAGGGAGUGCAGGAGCUCGCCAUCUCCAAGCCAUCUCCAGCGGGAAAAACAUGGAGUCCGCUCCGGCAGCCCCCGAUCCAGCCGCCACCGAGCCGGGCAGCAGCGUCUCCGAGCCGGCCGCCGGCGCCAGGGACACCCCUGUCAACCUGGAGCCUGCCCGGAAAAGCGAAGCGCCGGCUCCAGUCCGCCGACAGAGCUACUCCAGCGGCAGCGGCAGCAGAGGUAUUUCCGUAACAAAGAAGACGCAUACAUCUCAAAUUGAAAUUAUUCCAUGCAAGAUCUGUGGAGACAAAUCAUCAGGAAUCCAUUAUGGUGUCAUUACAUGUGAAGGCUGCAAGGGCUUUUUCAGGAGGAGUCAGCAAAGCAAUGCCACAUAUUCCUGUCCUCGUCAGAAGAACUGUUUGAUUGACCGAACUAGUAGAAACCGCUGCCAACACUGUCGAUUGCAGAAAUGCCUUGCUGUGGGGAUGUCUCGAGAUGCUGUAAAGUUUGGUCGAAUGUCAAAAAAACAGAGGGAUAGCUUGUAUGCAGAGGUGCAGAAACAUCGAAUGCAGCAGCAACAGCGAGAUCACCAACAGCAACCUGGAGAGGCAGAACCACUGACACCAACAUACAGUAUCACCACCAAUGGGCUAACAGAGCUACAUGAUGACCUCAGUAAUUACAUUGAUGGGCAUACCCCUGAAGGUAGCAAAGCAGACUCUGCAGUUAGCAGCUUCUACUUAGACAUACAACCUUCUCCAGAUCAGUCGGGUCUUGAUAUUAAUGGAAUCAAACCAGAACCAAUAUGUGACUACACACCAGCAUCGGGCUUCUUCCCUUAUUGUUCUUUUACAAAUGGGGAGACCUCGCCAACUGUGUCCAUGGCAGAAUUAGAACAUCUUGCACAGAAUAUUUCAAAGUCACACAUGGAAACUUGCCAGUACUUGAGAGAAGAGCUACAGCAGAUAACAUGGCAGACUUUUCUGCAGGAAGAAAUUGAGAACUAUCAGAACAAGCAGAGGGAGGUAAUGUGGCAAUUAUGUGCAGUCAAAAUAACAGAAGCUAUACAGUAUGUCGUGGAGUUUGCCAAACGCAUUGAUGGCUUUAUGGAACUGUGUCAAAAUGAUCAAAUCGUGCUUUUAAAAGCAGGAUCUUUAGAGGUUGUGUUUAUCAGAAUGUGCCGUGCCUUUGACUCCCAAAACAACACAGUAUACUUUGAUGGCAAGUAUGCUAGCCCAGAUGUUUUCAAGUCAUUAGGUUGUGAAGACUUCAUUAGUUUUGUGUUUGAAUUUGGAAAGAGCUUAUGUUCUAUGCACCUGACAGAAGAUGAGAUUGCUUUGUUUUCUGCAUUUGUUUUAAUGUCUGCAGAUCGUUCAUGGCUUCAGGAGAAGGUAAAAAUUGAAAAACUCCAACAGAAGAUUCAGCUAGCACUUCAGCACGUCCUGCAGAAAAAUCACCGAGAAGAUGGAAUUCUAACAAAGUUAAUAUGCAAAGUGUCUACUUUAAGAGCACUGUGUGGACGACAUACAGAAAAACUUAUGGCAUUUAAAGCAAUAUACCCAGACAUUGUGCGACUUCAUUUUCCUCCAUUGUACAAGGAGUUGUUCACUUCAGAAUUUGAGCCAGCAAUGCAAAUUGAUGGGUAAAUACAUCACUUAAGCACUUCUAGAAUGUCUGAAGUACAAACAUUAAAAAGAAAAGAAAGAAAAGAAAAAAAAAAGAAAGAAAACCAAGACACUUUAUAUGGCCCUGCACAGACCUAGGGAGCCAACACACUGCACAUCUUUUGGCGGUCAGGGUCAGGCAAAGGAUGGGAAACAAUGAAACAAAGUUGAACUUGUUUUUCUCAUGCAUAUGAUUUCCAUUAUGCCUACAAAUAUGGACCCUUUUUCUGUCUUGACUUCUCGAUCUUUGACCUCUGUUUACACAGAAUGAGGGUACUAAACUCAGAAGGUUUCUUUUUCCUUGUAGUUCACUGCCCACAGACUUUCAACAGAACAAUCAGUUUGUUGAUCACAGCAGAGUCCAGCGACUGGUGUGUACUGCAGAGGUUUCAGCAUCAGUUUGCACAACUUGCUCAUUGUUUCAUGAAGGACGAUUUUUUUCAUCUACCAUUGAUUGCCAGUAGGCAGAAUGGCACGAAAAGGGUCCAUAGCAAUAGCAACAAUAGCAUUAUAAUAUAUUACAGGGUAAAUGGGCAUGAAGACUAUAUAUAGCAAAAGAGAUAUUGUUUAUAUAUUGUUUUAAUUAAUAUAAAAAGUAGUUACUGGUAUAGCUUUUCUUGUUGAAUUGAUAAGGCACUUUCAUUUUUGCACCUUUUUCUUUAAAUUAAAUGCUAGCGUGUUCAUUGUCGUGUUGCAUGUGCACCAGAAAUUCAAGUUUAACUGAAAAAGGUUUGGAAGGUACUGAUACAUUGGAAGGUAUUUAUGCUGCUGUUUUCAACAUUACUUUUCAAGACAGGCUGGUCACAUCCUGAAAUGAUGACAUUGAUAUUUAGAGUCUGAAAACGAUGAACAUUUUCUAAAAUCAAAUUAGCUUUUCAGCUGCUUUUUACAGGGUACUUUUAUUUUUAUACACAACCCAAAAGUUUCAAAUCUAUGUUUAAAAUUGAACAUCUAAAUCCAUAUUUAGCCUCUGAAAUAAAAGCCCUGAUUUUUCAGAAGUGCCAAGCAACCACAGCCAAGAAUUUGCUGAGCAUCUGCAGGUCAAUCAUAGCUGCAAGUGUGAAGCACCCUUGAAAAUCGGGCCAUUAAUUGUGGUGUAUAAAUAUGGGUAUGGAUGCCCUACUCUAUGAACCCAUGUUUGAAAACGUUGACCAGAGUGUAAUAUAUACACAUACUCAUAUAUAUUUGUGUAUAUUAUAUAUACUGUUACAUACUUUUAAACUCCACGUGGUAAACAAUGCACUUAAAGCAAAAGCCUAGUCCCACUGAAGUCACUGAGAAUUUUAUUAUUGACCUCAGCAGGCUGUUUUCCAAAAUCCAGCAAUUUUCUCCAGCACAGCACAACAGAGAAGUCCUUUGCUUUUAGAGCACAUAUGUAUGGCUCUAGAAACAGCUAGGUUUAUUUGGAGAGAAGCACUCUCUAAGGCUUAUAAAAUAAGUGCAAACUAAAAAUAAAAUAAAGGCACAAUCCUUUUGGUAGAAAGCAGGCAUUUUAUAUUCUACAUGAAGCCUGAAAAUCAUGAGUGGACUAUAGAAUGAGCAGUAAGAUGAUAAACAUACAUUGUGUAAUUCCAAAAAUGAUUGUGAUCCAUGCAUUAUAUGAAUAAGGGGCCAGAUUUUGCAGUCUUUUUUUAUGCAUAUUACCAUUCCCUUUACAAGGAGUUUUGCCUGAAUAUGGAUGGCAGAAUUUUGUCACAAAGGAGGAGAAAAGUCAGAAUUAAAAAUAUUAAACUAAUUCUGAAUGAGAGAGCCAUAUUAAACAACAUUAAGGGUAAAUUAUCUAGCUUGGAUGAGAAGGGAGCCCUCCCCAUAUUAUUUGGAAGAGUAGUUUUAGGAUUGCAGCCUGAUCUUCCAGCUCAAUUGAAUCAGAAUGUUAAUCCAGGAAUUCUUCUUUGGCAAACUCUGCCCUCAGUCAGCCAGUGGAAAGCCAAUUUCUGCCUCAGUGUCAUUCUGAUGGUACUUCUGAGAUUGGAUGAAGCCUGACAGGAGUGUAGACAACUUCUGUUUUAUAUGGGAAGCCAGAGAUAAAACAUCAAAAUAUACCCCCUGACUAUCACUUUAAUGAGUCAUUUUGGACUAAAUUUAUCCACUUAUUAUAAAGCGAGAUGUACAAUCUGUUCAAAAUUCAGUUUUCUUUAUUUAUUAAUGCAAUCCCUAAAUGUUUAAUCCCCGGUUGUCUACGCCCAUGUUAGAAGUGUUAUGCAGCUGUAGCUUGCCAGAAAUGGCAUUUAAUAGUCACUGCAAAGCUGGAACCGCCUCCUUUGAAUUGGAAGCAACUGGGGUGUUGAAUUGGGGCUAUAUGGAAACAAAGUGAAACUUUGCAUUUUCCCAUAUAGACAGUUUCUUAAAGUUAUUAACAUAUUGGAGUAGCACCUAAGGGCUAUCACCAUAUUUGACAAUGCCCUGUCUAGGCACUGUACAAAGAUAUACUAAAGGGCAGCUCAUGCCCCAAAGACCUUGUGAAGUGGCAGGAUGCUCCAAAAUAUGAAUAACUUUAUUUUCUAAGGUUGGUGUGAGUAUAAGAUGACGUUGCAAUUGUUUUUACACUACCCAUCCAGCCCCUGCUCCUUUUCCUAUGAUCACUUUUUUUCUUUUUAGUGUAGGAAGGAGAUAGGGAGAGAGAUUUAAAUAAGAUUUUAGUGUGUGACUAAUCUGUGUAGUAAAGUGUAUAUAUAUAAAAUAUCUAAACAACUUCCCAGGUAAACCUACUUAAUACUUUUUUUCUUUAAAACUGAAAUGGCAGGAAUGAUAUUUACCUGGACAAAUUGGAGCCUCUGCACUUUAACAAUUAAUAGCAGUCAUUCCAACACAUUGUGUUAAAGGGACACUGCCAACUUGAAUGUUAAUAAAAUUAAGUUUUUUGUCUUUCAAAUUCAUUUGUAUAGAGUACAUUUUUAAAUAGCAUUGCCUGUUGUUGUUUUAUUAAAAUUCUUAAGGCUUUAUGCUUCUCUGUUCAUUAAGGUUAAUAAGGUCCUUUUCAGCAAAGUAGAAACUAACUGGGUAUGCAAAACAGUGAAAUUGUGCAUUUGACCAUUUUUUGUACAUAGAUAAAGUAAACUAAUAAGACAGAGGAAUAUUUUUUCACUAACAUUUCAUUUGUAGUCACUGUAGUUGUUGCCAGUAACUAUUAAGAAAAAAACCUCUCAAGACAGAUGAUUUUCAAGUUGACUGUGUCUCUUUAAAUCUAUGGGGCCUAAUACUCCUCUCACACUGUGUUAACUGAGGAGUAAUUGGGGGAGAUGGAGCUACACAGAUGUAAACUGUUUUAAGGGGAGAAUUAGGAUAAUGGGUUAUUAUGGGCAAAAUAAAGUGUUCCCUUUUUUAUAAUUUGAGCAUCUCUCACUUAGGCUUGAAUUAUUGCAUUUAACCAGCGAUCCACACUGGGGUCUGUAUGGAGCUGCUACACUCUAAUGGAUUGUGCCUCCGAUGGCGCAUUCUGCUUCCCUAGUGUCCCUGCCCUGCUCUGCUAGCUGACAGAGAUGGGACCAUGCUUCACCUUCUCUACACCUGCUUCACAGUGAUGUGCCCAUGGAGACUUAGGGAGAAGUCCCUGUACUUUCAUGAAUGCUGAAGUUAUGAGUGGGCAUUGUCAAAGAGCAUGGAGGAGUAUAGCAUUCGCCAUUCAUUCCCUCCUGCAUGCCCCCCACAAGAGUCAUUCACCAUCAAUGAUUCGAUCCAGAGCCCCUUACAGUCAAAGCAAGGAGCUUUGGAUUGAGCCCCUAAUCUUUAAAAUGACCCAGAAAAAAGUACCUGCUAAAAACAGUCAAAUGCAUCUCUCAGUUCUUUUUAGUUUGCGUUUUCUGGAAUCAUUGUUUACUUUAUUGGAAUAACUAGUCUGAUGUGGCAUUUCCAUUCUGAUCUUUGCAUUUGUGGAUUUAAUUUAAAGCAGGUUUUUUAUAAUAAGAUUUCUGAAUGUGACCAGCCUCAGGUGCUAGCCCCUUAAAGAUCAACUAAACUUAAUUCCAGUGUCAGCUAAUGUAAGACUUGACCUUUUCCAGAGAGUGAGAGACAAACCCUGUUUUUGACAGUAAGUACGGUAACCGUGCUAAAUAUUUUGGGCCUUUUUCUGUCAUUACCUUCUUCUUUUUUUUCUGGUAAAUAGUACUUCACCUGGUCUGUGAGUGCAAACAGAUUGGAUAUUUGACAUUUAGCUACUAGAUGCAACUGUUUGGGAACACAAAAUUGCAGGAGCAAUUACAUUUGCUUUAGAAGCCAAGUAGAGCCCUAACUGAAAGCCGUAUAACUUGUGGUCUGAUUUUCAAAAAUGUUGCACACCUUGCAGCUCUCACUGUCUUUAGUGGGAGCUGCUGAGUGCUCAGCACCUUGUAAAAUCAGGCCAUUAGUGUACACCUGACAUAAGUGUGCUUUCCUAAUCACUGUUAGUAGUCAAGAUGGCUGAUUUUUUUUUCCUGAGGAUAACAGGGCGGUAGAUGUACUUAAAGACUACUGCUGCCAAAGAGCCUUUUUGUGAAGGGAUGUUGAAUGAUUCUAAAUAUAGCUAGUCAUAAUGAAUCUACAGUAUAGGAACAGGACAUUGGCAGAUGACUUAUGUCUGUUAAGAACAUCUGAGAGUAGGGCCUAAGACCAGAAGUUCAGCAGGAUAUCAAGUUGAAAUACACAUUCAUGCUCUGUGAAUGAAUGUCAGAUAUAUGAAACUUUCAUAGUCUUCCCACCUCACUACCACAAAAAAAAGUGACAUUACAGAGAAUAGCUGAAGAUAUUGGAAUAAUUAUUCCUCUUAAGUGAGCUGUUCUUAUAAUUUGUAAAGAAAUUGUCAUGGGUUGUUGACAUCUAUCCAGCUUUCUGUUCUAAGGCAAAGAAACAUUCUCAAGCUUUCUUAUAGAAGAGGUACUAUGGUACAAUGUCAGUUGGUCCACUCUGGUGUACUUUUGUGACUGAUGCUGUUCAUCUUUUUAAUAACUAUUGGAUGAGGUGAUGUGAGAUGCUGUUCUUAAGUUUGGUUUUUCUUUAUAAAGUUUAUGUAUCAUAGUAUGGAUACCAAGUGUGUGUGCGCGUGUGUGCAUGCACAUGUGCACACAUGCAUGAAUGGUGUGUGUGCCUGCUUCUAGGCUGUUAAGUGUCAGUGGAAUAAAAAAAUGUGUUCAAAAUACUUAACUCAAAAAUAGAAGGUGGAAAAAAGAUUUAUUCUAUACAAAGCCUUGUCUGGACCACUUUAGAGAGACUUCUAUUUUUUUAACCCUUCUAUAAAUAUUUGAUGGCACUUGAAAUAUUCCUGCAAUAAAAUGUGAUUUGUGUAAAGAUAAAAAAAAGAUUUUGUAAUGUGAAACAAUGAAAGAAAGUAAUGUAAUUUUUCUAAAAAACAAAAACAAAAAACAAAUGAACGAACUUUGUAUUACUUUGUUGAUGGAAUUUGUCUAUUUGUCUUUGGAAAACUUUUUAUUUCAUUGAAUGUGCCAUAGUAGAGGUGUGGGGGGUUUGUUUUAUUUCCUCCUUUUUUUAUGUUUUUAAUUAAAGGAAUAUAGCUAUUUGUGUUACGACAUUCCAAAAUGCGAGACAACAUAGCAGAAUCAUGAUUACAAGGAUUGAUUAGUAAGCUUUGAUCAUUGUUGCUUUUUUGCACAUGUUCUUCAUUCCUCUAUAGUGCAAUAUGUACAUAGAGCACUUGCGGGUGUAACCUUAUCCCUCAGGGAAAAAUACAUAUUUGUACAGGAUUUUUUUUUUACUUUUUUUUUUCCUAAGGAAUGUCGAUUGAAUCACUUGUUUGUUGUCGAGGGGCAGCCAGAUAAUAAUCCUAAAGCCACUGUCAUAAAAAUUAAUUGUUUAAUCAUUUUGUGCCCUUUUAUUUAAAAAGAGAAAUAAGUUAUUUUCUGACAGUUCUUUGUGCUGAUUGGUGACGAAAAGGGUAAAUAAAUAAGCACCUUAUGAUUGACUUAACUGUGAAUGACAAUCCAUCUUGUUAUCAACACUAGAAGCCCUAUUAUUUCAGAGUUGGGUUUAAGAGUCAGAAACUAAUGUGCUCAGGGAUCAACUAAAACUCUACAACAGGGUGGCCAGUACUACUGGGACAAAUUGCUUUUUGAAAAAUAUAUCAUCAUCCCUCCAAGGCACAAGUGAACUGUGUAGAACUCUUACGUGUCUAAACUCUCCAUGUGUGCCUCAUUUGAAUUUCCAGCCCAUUGCUCAUCAGUCUUAUUUAAUGAAAAAUUAAAGAAAGGAAGAAAUAGAACUUUAAAAAUCAUACAGAAUUUUGUAAACAUUCUUGGAAAACAAAUCAUUAUUCAAAUUUCAUUUCAGGACCCACUGUUCACCAUUUUUUAAUCAUAGAAGUGUUUUGUAACAAAAAAUGAAUCUUCAAUGUUUAAAUUAUAAUUAUCAAAGAGAGCUCAGUUUUUCAUAUGCACUAUAAUAUGCGUGGAAAUGCUAUGAUUAUUCAAUCUUUACAUUGAGUCAUAUAGCAUAGAACACCAUUAAAACCAGAAGAAUACCAGGAGAACAAGUUAUUAGACCUUCUCUGCUGUUGCAUCUAUGUGCUUCACUGUAAACCAAAAAUAUGUCGUUUAAAGAAGCACUGUAGCUACCUACAUCUUUGCAUAUCCACAUCUAAGUCUUACGGCAAUUGCAGUAGUAGCAGGAAACAGAAAAAUCUAAUCUGUCAGUGCCAAAACUCUAUGGAUUUAGUGUAAGAUUUUUCAAAUACAGUAUGUCUAUAUUGGGUUCUGGAAGCCCUGCAGAAUUGAUGGAGUUGCUUUGCUUUCUUUUGUACCUAAAAUAAAAACAAGUA